AUGGGAUUGAGUGGUACGGACAUUGCCCUGUUCUUCAAACUGAUAAAGCAUCCGAAAUUCAAUCUGAGCGAUCUGGCACACUGGAAUGGGAAGCACGCGGUGGACAAGUAUGCGUUUGAAAAACUGGGAGUCGAGAAGAAGAAGUACCUUACCAAGGAGGUGACCGUUGAAGGAUGGCCGACGAAGUUCAAGGUCAAAUACAUUGACCCCGUCGUGAUUUUCUAUAUGUCCGCUUCACUCUCCGUCCGCUCCUCUCACUCUCCGCUUCACUCUCCGUCCGCUCCUCUCUCCGUCCGCUCCUCUCUCUGUUUGCUCCUCUCUCUGGGCCCUCCUCUUUCUGGACCCUCCUCCAUCUGUCUUCUUCUAUCUCUGUCCGCUUCUUUAUCUCUCCGCUCCUCUCUCUAUCCGCUCCUCUCUCUGUCCGCUCCUCUCUACGCCCGCUUUUCUGUCUGUCCGUUUCUUUCUCUUGCCGAUUCCAUUCCUGUCUGCUUCUCUCUCCACUUCUCUCUCUGUCCAAAUUUAUAUCUGUCUGCUUCACUCCUCCUCCGGUUCUCCCUCCGUCCGCUGCUGUAUCUGUCCGCUUCUCUCUCCACCCGCUUAGCUCUCAGUCCGCUUAUCCCUCUGUCCGCUUCUCUCUCCUCUCAUGGGCUGCUCCUCUCACGGGCUGCUCCUCUCACGGGCUGCUCCUCUCAUGGGCUGCUCCUCUCACGGGCUGCUCCUCUCAUGGGCUGCUCCUCUCAUGGGCUGCUCCUCUCAUGGGCUGCUCCUCUCACGGGCUGCUCCUCUCAUGGGCUGCUCCUCUCAUGGGCUGCUCCUCUCACGGGCUGCUCCUCUCAUGGGCUGCUCCUCUCAUGGGCUGCUCCUCUCAUGGGCUGCUCCUCUCAUGGGCUGCUCCUCUCAUGGGAUGCUCCUCUCACGGGCUGCUCCUCUCACGGGCUGCUCCUCUCACGGGCUGCUCCUCUCACGGGCUGCUCCUCUCAUGGGCUGCUCCUCUCAUGGGCUGCUCCUCUCACGGGCUGCUCCUCUCAUGGGCUGCUCCUCUCAUGGGCUGCUCCUCUCAUGGGCUGCUCCUCUCAUGGGCUGCUCCUCUCAUGGGCUGCUCCUCUCAUGGGCUGCUCCUCUCACGGGCUGCUCCUCUCACGGGCUGCUCCUCUCACGGGCUGCUCCUCUCACGGGCUGCUCCUCUCAUGGGCUGCUCCUCUCACGGGCUGCUCCUCUCAUGGGCUGCUCCUCUCAUGGGCUGCUCCUCUCAUGGGCUGCUCCUCUCAUGGGCUGCUCCUCUCAUGGGCUGCUCCUCUCAUGGGCUGCUCCUCUCACGGGCUGCUCCUCUCACGGGCUGCUCCUCUCACGGGCUGCUCCUCUCACGGGCUGCUCCUCUUACGGGCUGCUCCUCUCAUGGGCUGCUCCUCUCACGGGCUGCUCCUCUCAUGGGCUGCUCCUCUCAUGGGCUGCUCCUCUCAUGGGCUGCUCCUCUCACGGGCUGCUCCUCUCACGGGCUGCUCCUCUCACGGGCUGCUCCUCUCAUGGGCUGCUCCUCUCACGGGCUGCUCCUCUCAUGGGCUGCUCCUCUCAUGGGCUGCUCCUCUCAUGGGCUGCUCCUCUCAUGGGCUGCUCCUCUCACGGGCUGCUCCUCUCACGGGCUGCUCCUCUCACGGGCUGCUCCUCUCACGGGCUGCUCCUCUCAUGGGCUGCUCCUCUCAUGGGCUGCUCCUCUCACGGGCUGCUCCUCUCAUGGGCUGCUCCUCUCAUGGGCUGCUCCUCUCACGGGCUGCUCCUCUCAUGGGCUGCUCCUCUCAUGGGCUGCUCCUCUCAUGGGCUGCUCCUCUGACGGGCUGCCCCCCUAAACCCUUUUCACUGCAUACUUGUGUUUUUGGCACCGUUCAGGCUCUGGCACGUCUAUGGGCCGACCCGAAGAAUCGUGAUGGGUUCGUACACCGUGCAAGACCCGAGUACGAGAAUGAAGAGCGCGUUUACGGGGCAGCAGAGACUGGGACCUUCUGGGAAGAGGCGCAGGUAUGCUAA